AUGCUGAGCUCAAGCCGCAGACUCAAGGUUUCUCUGCACUUUGCAGAUCCACGAGACGCACAACUCUCAGAUCAAUACAAAGUGUCCGUCUGCGCCGCGCAAAGGUUUUGGUUCAGAAUGAAGAGAAACUUAACUUAUCACAUAAGCCGCUAUAAGCUUUGGCUGAAGAGCAGCGUCUUGUGGUGGUGGUGGUGGUGGGUGGUGUUGGUGGUGGUGGUGGGGGGUGGUGUUGGGUGGUGGUGGGUGGUGUUGGGUGGUGGUGGUGGUGGUGGGUGGUGUUGGUGGUGGUGGUGGGUGGUGGUGUUGGGUGGUGGUGGUGGUGGUGUUGGGUGGUGGGUGGUGUUGGGUGGUGGUGGUGGUGGUGGUGUUGGGUGGUGGUGGUGGGUGGUGGUGGUGGGUGUUGGGUGGUGGUGGUGUUGGGUGUGUUGGGUGGUGGGUGGUGUUGGGUGGUGGUGGUGUUGGGUGUUGGGUGGUGGUGGUGGGUGGUGGUGGUGGUGGUGUUGGGUGGGAGGGGUGGUGGUGGGUGGGGUGGUGGUGUGGUGUGGUGGUGGUGGGUGGUGUGGGUGUUGGGUGGUGUUGGGUGGGGGGGGUGGUGGUGGUGGUGGUGGUGGGGUGGUGGUGUUGGGUGUUGGGUGGUGUUGGGUGUUGGGUGGUGUUGGGUGGGGGCGGUGGUGGUGGUGGUGGUGGGUGGUGGUGUUGGGUGUUGGGUGGUGGUGGUGGGUGGUGGUGGUGGGUGUUGGGUGGUGGUGGGUGGUGGUGUUGGGUGUUGGGUGGUGGGUGGUGUUGGGUGGUGGUGGUGGUGUUGGGUGUUGGGUGGUGGUGGUGGUGUUGGGUGGUGGUGGUGUUGGGUGGUGGUGGUGGUGGUGUUGGGUGUUGGGUGGUGGGUGGUGUUGGGUGGUGGUGGUGGGUGGUGGUGUUGGGUGGUGUUGGGUGUUGGGUGGUGGUGGUGGUGGUGGUUGGGUGGUGGUGGUGUUGGGUGGUGGUGGUGGUGGUGUUGGGUGUUGGUUGGUGGGUGGUGUUGGGUGGUGGUGGUGGGUGGUGGUGUUGGGUGGUGGGUGGUGCUGGGUGUUGGGUGGUGGUGGUGGGUGGUGGUGGUGGGUGGUGGUGGUGGUGUUGGGUGUUGGGUGGUGGUGGUGGUGGUGGGUGGUGGGUGGUGGUGUUGGGUGGUGGGUGGUGGUGGUGGUGUUGGGUGGUGGUGGUGGUGGUGGGUGGUGUUGGUGUUGGGUGUUGGGUGGUGGUGGGUGGUGGUGGUGUUGGGUGGUGGUGGUGGUGUUGGGUGUUGGGUGUUGGUGUUGGGUGGUGGUGGUGGUGUUGGGUGUUGGUGGUGUUGGGUGGUGGUGGUGGUGUUGGUGGUGGUGGGUGGUGGUGGUGGGGGUGGUGGUGGGUGGUGGGUGGUGGUGGGUGGUGGUGGUGGUGGGUGGUGGGUGGUGGUGGGUGGUGGUGGUGGUGGUGUUGUGGUGGUGGUGGUGGGGUGUGUGGGUGGUGGGUGGUGGUGGGUGGUGGUGGUGGUGGGUGGUGGUGGUGGUGGGUGGUGGGUGGUGGUGGGUGGUGUUGGGUGGUGGUGGUGUUGGGUGGUGGGGUGGUGGUGGGUGGUGGUGGUGGUGGGUGGGUGGUGGGUGGUGGGUGGUGGGUGGUGGUGGGGUGGUGUUGGGGUGGUGGUGGUGUUGGGUGGUGGUGGUGUUGGGUGGUGGUGGUGUUGGCGAUGCAGGAGGGUCUAUGUGUCCUGUCGGUCUCUACAGUCGGGGGCAGAGUGUGUCGGUCUCUGCAGUCGGGGGCAGUGUCCUGUCGGUCUCUACAGUCGGGGGCAGUGGUGUGUCGGUCUCUGCAGUCGGGGGCAGUGUCCUGUCGGUCUCUACAGUCGGGGGCAGAGUGUGUCGGUCUCUACAGUCGGGGGCAGUGGUGUGUCGGUCUCUGCAGUCGGGGGCAGUGUCCUGUCGGUCUCUACAGUCGGGGGCAGUGGUGUGUCGGUCUCUACAGUCGGGGGCAGUGGUGUGUCGGUCUCUACAGUCGGGGGCAGUGUCCUGUCGGUCUCUACAGUCGGGGGCAGAGUGUGUCGGUCCUCUACAGUCGGGGGCAGUGUCCUGUCGGUCUCUACAGUCGGGGGCAGUGUCCUGUCGGUCUCUACAGUCGGGGGCAGUGUCCUGUCGGUCUCUACAGUCGGGGGCAGUGGUGUCGGUCUCUGCAGUCGGGGGCAGUGGUGUGUCGUUCUCUACAGUCGGGGGCAGUGGUGUGUCGUUCUCUACAGUCGGGGGCAGUGUCCUGUCGGUCUCUACAGUCGGGGGCAGUGGUGUGUCGUUCUCUACAGUCGGGGGCAGUGGUGUGUUGCUCUCUGCAGUCGGGGGCAGGGUGUGUCGGUCUCUGCAAUCGGGGGCAGUGGUGUGUCGGUCUCUACAGUCGGGGGCAGUGGUGUGUUCAGUGUCCUGUCGGUCUCUACAGUCGGGGGCAGGGUGUGUUCAGUGUCCUGUCGGUCUCUACAGUCGGGGGCAGUGGUGUGUCGGUCUCUACAGUCGGGGGCAGUGGUGUGUUCAGUGUCCUGUCGGUCUCUACAGUCGGGGGCAGUGGUGUGUCGGUCUCUACAGUCGGGGGCAGUGUCUUGUCGGUCUCUACAGUCGGGGGCAGUGGUGUGUCGUUCUCUACAGUCGGGGGCAGUGUCCUGUCGGUCUCUACAGUCGGGGGCAGUGGUGUGUCGGUCUCUACAGUCGGGGGCAGUGGUGUGUUCAGGUGUCCUGUCGGUCUACAGUCGGGGGCAGUGGUGUGUCGGUCUCUACAGUCGGGGGCAGUGGUGUGUUCAGUGUCCUGUCGGUCUCUACAGUCGGGGGCAGUGGUGUGUCGGUCUCUACAGUCGGGGGCAGUGGUGUGUUCAGUGUCCUGUCGGUCUCUACAGUCGGGGGCAGUGGUGUGUCGGUCUCUACAGUCGGGGGCAGUGGUGUGUUCAGUGUCCUGUCGGUCUCUACAGUCGGGGGCAGUGGUGUGUCGGUCUCUACAGUCGGGGGCAGUGGUGUGUUCAGUGUCCUGUCGGUCUCUACAGUCGGGGGCAGUGGUGUGUCGGUCUCUGCAGUCGGGGGCAGUGGUGUGUCGGUCUCUGCAGUCGGGGGCAGUGUCCUGUCGGUCUCUACAGUCGGGGGCAGUGGUGUGUCGGUCUCUACAGUCGGGGGCAGUGUCUUGUCGGUCUCUACAGUCGGGGGCAGUGGUGUGUCGGUCUCUACAGUCGGGGGCAGUGGUGUGUCGGUCUCUACAGUCGGGGGCAGUGGUGUGUCGGUCUCUACAGUCGGGGGCAGUGUCGGGGGCAGUGGUGUGUUCAGUGUCCUGUCGGUCUCUACAGUCGGGGGCAGUGGUGUGUCGGUCUCUACAGUCGGGGGCAGUGUCCUGUCGGUCUCUACAGUCGGGGGCAGUGGUGUGUCGGUCUCUACAGUCGGGGGCAGUGGUGUGUUCAGUGUCCUGUCGGUCUCUACAGUCGGGGGCAGUGGUGUGUCGGUCUCUACAGUCGGGGGCAGUGUCCUGUCGGUCUCUACAGUCGGGGGCAGUGGUGUGUCGGUCUCUACAGUCGGGGGCAGUGGUGUGUCGGUCUCUACAGUCGGGGGCAGUGUCUUGUCGGUCUCUACAGUCGGGGGCAGUGGUGUGUCGGUCUCUACAGUCGGGGGCAGUGUCCUGUCGGUCUCUACAGUCGGGGGCAGUGGUGUGUCGGUCUCUGCAGUCGGGGGCAGUGUCCUGUCGGUCUCUACAGUCGGGGGCAGUGUCCUGUCGGUCUCUACAGUCGGGGGCAGUGGUGUGUCGGUCUCUACAGUCGGGGGCAGUGGUGUGUCGGUCUCUACAGUCGGGGGCAGUGGUGUGUCGGUCUCUGCAGUCGGGGGCAGUGUCCUGUCGGUCUCUACAGUCGGGGGCAGUGGUGUGUCGGUCUCUGCAGUCGGGGGCAGUGGUGUGUCGGUCUCUACAGUCGGGGGCAGUGGUGUGUCGGUCUCUACAGUCGGGGGCAGUGGUGUGUCGGUCUCUACAGUCGGGGGCAGUGGUGUGUCGGUCUCUACAGUCGGGGGCAGUGGUGUGUCGGUCUCUACAGUCGGGGGCAGUGGUGUGUCGGUCUCUACAGUCGGGGGCAGUGGUGUGUCGGUCUCUGCAGUCGGGGACAGUGUCCUGUCGGUCUCUACAGUCGGGGGCAGUGUCCUGUCGGUCUCUACAGUCGGGGGCAGUGGUGUGUCGGUCUCUACAGUCGGGGGUAGUGUCCUGUCGGUCUCUACAGUCGGGGGCAGUGGUGUGUCGGUCUCUACAGUCGGGGGCAGUGUCCUGUCGGUCUCUACAGUCGGGGGCAGUGUGUCGCUGCUCAGAGCCACAUUAUGUGAAAUGGGAAUUCCAACGAAGUGA